AUGGCCGGCUGCGAGCCCCGCCGCGCCCGGGCGCUGCUCCUGCUGCUCCUCGCCCUGUGCAGCCUGAGCGCUGCCCAGCCCCGCCAGCGCCAGGGUUAUUUGAUUGCAGCACCUUCUGUUUUCCGUUCUGGGGUGGAGGAAGCCAUAAGUGUGACCAUCUUCAACUCUGUCAAGGAGACCACGGUGCAGAUCCAGCUGGUGGUCAAAGGAGAGCCGGUGUCCCGGAGCCACGGAACAGUGCUGGAUAAAGGAACAAUUAAGCUGAAGGUGCCUUCAGGGCUUCGUGGACAAGCACACCUGAAGGUUUGGGGCAACAGGCACCUGGCAGAGGAAGGAUACAUUUUCCACAACUACACCACAGUCACCAUCGACAGCAAGGGCUCCUCAGUGUUCAUCCAGACUGACAAACCUGUCUACAAACCCAAGCAGAAAGUGUUGAUAAACCUUUUUAUGGUGACUUCUGACCUGAGGCCAGUCAACGACAGGAUUGAAGCUUAUGUGGUGGAUCCUCGGGGGUCUCGGAUGAUAGAAUGGAAUAACUUGAAGCCCUUUUGUUGUGGCAUUGUCAAUAUGACUUUUCCUCUGUCUGAUCAGCCAGUGUUUGGGGAGUGGCUCAUCUUUGCUGAGAUGCAGGGGCACACUUACAACAAAUCCUUUGAGGUGCAGAAAUACGUGUUGCCAAAGUUUGAGCUGCUGAUCGACCCCCCUCGCUACAUCCGUGACCUUUCACUGUGUGAGAAAGGAACUGUCCAUGCCAGAUACACAUUUGGAAAGCCAGUGACAGGGAAGUUAAUUGUCAAUAUGACAAUAAAUGGUGUUGGGUACUACAGACAUGAAGUGGGACACCCUGUCCUCAAGACCACCCAGAUCGAUGGCUCUGCUGUGUUUGAUGUGUGUGUCAAAGACAUGAUGCCAGCUGAUGUCCCCGAGCAUUUCCGAGGCACAGUCAACAUCUGGGCCACGGUGAUCAGCUCUGAUGGCAGCAAGCAGGUGACCUUUGAUGACUCCACACCUGUCCAGAAGCAGCUGAUUGACAUCAAAUACUCCAAGGACACCAGAAAACAAUUCAAACCUGGGCUGCCUUACAAAGGCAAGGUAGAAGUCACUUACCCCGAUGGAAGUCCAGCUGACAGAGUCACCAUCCGAAUUAAAGCUGAGCUCACACCAAAGGACAACGUUUACACGAGUGAACUGGUCUCAAGGAAUGGUCUGGUGGAGUUUGAAAUCCCCUCCAUCCCCACAGCUGCCCAAUAUGUCUGGCUGGAGACCAAAGUGACAGCAAUCGAUGGGAAACCCUCUGGGGAUCAAUACCUGCCCAACUACUUGUCCAUCAGCAGCUGGUACUCACCCAGCAAGUGUCACAUCCAGCUCCAGGCACCAGAUAAACCUUUCCAGGUGGGAGAGGAGGCCUGGAUUGCAGUCAAGUCCACGUGUCCUUGCAACUUCACUCUGCACUAUGAGGUGGCAUCACGGGGGAACAUUGUCCUGUCAGGGCUGCAGCCCAGCAAUGUCACCCAGCAGAGGAGCAAAAGAGCCACCACACCCUUGGGGAAGAACAUUGACCUCACACACUUCCCAGGAACAGCCCCUCCCAGCACGGCUGCAGCAGAGGUUGAGGUGUGUGUGACCUUCCUGAGGUUCUGGGUCCUUCACUCCAUGGCUCCCCUGGGUCGGCUGCUCGUGUUCUACGUCAGGGAGAACGGAGAGGGGGUCACAGACAGCCUGCAGUUCUCUGUCAGCUCCUCCUUUGAGAACCAGGUUACCGUGGAGCUCUCGGCCAACGAGACCAGACCAGGUGAUGUUGUGAACAUCAAGGUGAGAGCUGCAAAAGGAAGCUGUGUCUGCAUGGCCACGGUGGACAAGAGUGUCUACCUGCUCAAGCCAGGCUUCCAGCUCACAGCCAGCCAGGUGUUCCAGGAGCUUGCCGAGUACGAUGUGUCUGAUGCUUUUGGAGCCCCAAAGGAGGAAGGGCACUUCUGGUGGCCGGGCAUGUCCUCACGGAGGCGCCGCAGGUCCUCGGUGUUCCCCUGGCACUGGGACAUCACCAAGGACGCUCGCUUCGCCUUUACAGAAACUGGCUUGGUGGUGAUGACUGACAUAGUCAGCCUGAACCACAGGCAGAAUGGAGGCAUGUACACAGAUGAGGCUGUCCCAGCCUUCCAGCCACACACUGGCACCUUGGUGGCCACCAUGCAUUCCAAAAUAGCACCAAGGGCAGAGAAGAGGAAAAGAACUUUCUUCCCUGAGACGUGGAUUUGGCACUGCCUCAAUGUCAGCAAGAGCUCGGGGGAAGCCCAGCUGCAGGUGGAGGUGCCCGACUCCAUCACCACGUGGAUCACCGAGGCUGUGGCUGUGGCUGAGGAUGAGGGGCUGGGCAUUGCCGGCCAGACAGAGCUCAAGACCUUCAAACCUUUCUUCAUCGACUUCACUCUGCCCUACCACGUCAUCCGGGGCGAGCAGACCAAGAUCCCCCUCACUGUGUACAAUUACCUGGCCGUGUGUGCAGAGGUCCACGUGAAGAUUUCUGUCCCAAAAGGCAUCAAGUUUGUUGGGCACCCUGGGAAGCACCACCUGACCAGGAAGAAAUGUGUGGCCCCUGGGGAAGCCAAACCCACCUCCAUCGUUCUGUCCUUCAACGAGCUGGGGCUCAGCAACAUCACUGCAAAAGCUUUUGCCUAUGGUGGGACCAACUGCUGUCAGGAGGGGAUGCAGCCCCUGAAGAGUGGCAAACACUCAGAGGAUUCUCACAUGGACAAAAGGAGCCCUGUGGGGGUGGAUUAUGUUCGCAGCAGUGUCAUUAUUGAGCCAGAGGGACUGUCCAGAGAAUACACCUACAGUGUGUUCUUCUGCCCAAAUGAGAAAAUACACAUUUCCACCCCUAACAAGUACGAGUACCAGUACAUGCAGAAGCCAGCCCAGAUGAGGCACUUUGACAUCGCUGUCAAGGCUCACAACGACGCCCACCUGGCGCUGUCCUCGGGCCCCCACGACAUGGCAGAGAUGACAGAGAUUGUCAUCGGGGGACAGCACAACACCAGGACUUGGAUUUCCACCAGCAAGAUGGGAGAGCCAGUGGCCAGCAGGGACACCCCUGGCAUCCUCUCCUGGGAUGAAUUCCGCAGCUUCUGGAUCAGCUGGAAAAAUGGAGUUAUCCAGGUUGGCCACGGUACUCGGGUGCUAAACGAAUCUAUUAUUGUGGAGUGGACAGUCCCCAAACAGCUUGAGGUGAAGUACAUUGGCUUUUCCACAGGCUGGGGGUCAAUGGGAGAGUUUAAAAUUUGGAGAAAAGAAGAGACUGAUGAAAAUCACAAUGAAGCAUUUACUCUUGGAGUUCCCCACAACAUAAUUCCAGGAUCAGAAAGAGCUACGGCUUCAAUAAUAGGAGAUGUGAUGGGUCCUACUCUGAACAACCUGGACAACCUGCUGAGGUUGCCCUUUGGCUGUGGGGAGCAGAACAUGAUCCAUUUUGCUCCCAAUGUCUUUGUCCUGAAAUACCUGCAGAAAACCAAGCAGCUCAGUCACGAGGUGGAGGUUGAAGCCACUGAUUACCUUGUCCAAGGCUACCAGCGCCAGCUGACCUACAAGAGGCAGGACGGCUCCUACAGCGCUUUUGGGGAGAGGGACUCCUCCGGGAGCAUGUGGUUAACAGCUUUUGUCCUCAAGUCCUUUGCUCAGUCUCGUGGGUUUAUUUUCAUUGACCCCAAAGAACUCACAGCUGCCAAAGACUGGAUCAUCCAGCACCAGAAAGAAGAUGGUUCCUUCCCUGCUAUGGGCAGGAUACUAAACAAGGACAUUCAGGGUGGGAUCCAUGGGAAGAUCUCCCUGACAGCUUAUGUGGUUGCAUCUCUUCUGGAAACUGGUGUCACUUCUGAGGAAGAAAGAAGAGCUGUUGACAAAGCAAAACACUUCCUGGAGUCCAACCUGUACUCAGCAGAAGAUCCCUACACCACUGCCCUGAGUGCCUACGCCCUGACCCUGCUGCACAGCCCCUCUGCAGGAGCCCCUUGCCCAGGGACUGGGUGUCCAAAAGGAGGGACAGUGCAGCUCAGGGCCCUGAGCCAAUGCAAAAAUGGAAUUGGACUCUUCCCAUGCACAGAGGCUCAGCUGCACUCCUAUAACUCUACAGGAAUUAUAAUAACUCUGAUAACACCCAUGUCCCUCUGCCCUCUCCUAGAUGGCUUCACACACUGGAGCCUCACAGGGACCCUUGUCACUGAUGAAGACACCUUCAUGGGAUUUAAUGAUGGGCUCUCUCAAUCAGUUGUUUCUGCAGAAGUGGAAAUGACAUCUUAUGCCCUUCUGACCUACACACUCCUGGGAGAUGUGGCCUCUGCACUGCCUGUGGUCAAGUGGCUCUCACAGCAGAGGAAUGCACUGGGAGGAUUCUCAUCUACUCAGGACACCUGUGUGGCCCUGCAGGCUCUGGCUGAAUAUGCCAUCCUUUCUUAUGUUGGAGGAGUCAACCUGACCAUUUCCUUGGCUUCUACUAACCUGGACUACCAGGAGACCUUUGAGCUUAACAAGAUGAAUAAAAAAGUCCUUCAGACUGCAGUGAUCCCCAGUAUUCCAACAGGGCUGUUUGUGAGUGCCAAAGGGGAAGGCUGCUGCCUGAUGCAGAUCGAUGUCACUUACAAUGUCCCCGACCCCAUUGCCAAGCCAGCCUUCCAGCUGCUGGUGAACCUGAAGGAGCCCAAGGCAGAGCAGCCCCUGGCAGCCCCAGCCCCGCUGGGCUCUGCCCACCUGAGCCCCCCAGCCCUGCACAGGGACAGGGCCCUGGGGGACGACGAGGACCCUGCCUCAGACCAGGACCACCGGGAGUACAAAGUGAUCCUGGAGACCUGCACCAGAUGGCUGCACUCUGGAUCCUCAAACAUGGCAGUGUUGGAAGUGCCUUUGUUCUCAGGGUUUCGGGCAGAUAUUGAGAGCCUGGAGCAGUUAUUGAUGAACAAACAAAUUGGGUUAAAAAGAUAUGAAGUGGAUGGAAGAAAAGUCCUAUUUUAUUUUGAUGAGAUUCCCAGCCAGUGCAUGACCUGUGUGAAGUUCCAGGCUUUCAGAGAGCACAUAGUUGGGAAAACAGCCCCUGUUCCCAUCAAAGUGUACGAUUACUACGAGCCAGCUUUUGAAGCCACUCGUUUCUACAACGUGAGUGAGAACAGCCCCCUGGCCCGGGAGCUCUGCGAUGGCCCGACCUGCAACGAGGUGGAAAGCUCAGCCAGCCAGUGGGUUGGCUUUGUCCACUCUGGCCCUUGCAACACCAUCCUGGGCUGCCUGGAGGACGAGCACCUGGAGCAGUGCCUGUGCUCGCGGGACUGCGGCUACGACGGCGAGCCCGUGUGCGGCUCCGACGGGCACAUCUACCCCAACCACUGCCAGAUGGAGGUGGCAUCCUGCAGGAACAACACCAGCAUAGAGCAGAUGCCCAUGGCUCAGUGCUCUGCCUCCAAGAACUUGCCAGAAGAAAGGGAGACACACUCCCACACAGCUGAGCAGCCCAGUGUUCCCCAGACUCCAGCAGCCGAGGAGGGGCCCCCCCUGCACACAGACCUGUCCUAUUACUCCUACGAGUACGACCCCGACGCCUUCGCCGUGGAUGCCGACGUGUUCGAGGUGGUGGCAGAGCUGAGCACGGCC